GCUAGGGAGGGUUCUAUAACGAUUUCGACAUGGGCCUCGGUAAUAUUCUUGUUCUGUCUCAAGUGACGACUUAUUUUGUUUCGUUCAUAGUGGCGUUUGUGUUAUUCAUACCUGUAGCUGUUAAUGUAAACGAAUUUGAUGGACAUUGUCUUCUUUACGCCGAAGGAAAAUGGGUGAGCAGAAUCAAUUCGUCUCAAAUGGAGCUGGAAAAUGUCGUCUGGGGUCCCUCCAGUGCAUGUGGCUUCAACAUCUUCAUGGGUGUUGUUGUCAUGUUGAUAUCUAUGUUCUACACUGUAUGGGAAUCUGCGUAUCUGAUUAAAGACACCGACAGUUCAUGGCUGGAUGCCUUUGUGACUGCGAUCUUGUCAUUGGUGAUUUUUCUGAUGUUGUUUGCCUCCUCUCUCACACUUAGUGUUGGAUUUAACAUCUGGUGUACGUUACUGACUACGCCACCAUCAGACAUUCUCCAGUGCGAGUUUGGAGAUUACAUCCAGUUUACAGACAAAAGUACACAAGUGGAUACACGAAAUUUUUACACAGAAAUGACUCUGGCACAGUUUGGUGGUUGGAUGUUAUGGAUUUGCUGGCUGUUAUUGACAAUUUUUGCCUUUUUGAAAGUGUUCCGGUAUCAUCAACAAGAAACAUUUACAACAAGCAUGAAUCGAGAGAGACAGCGUUUACUUCAGAGGGUUGGACAUCAGACACCAGUAGUAUUGUAGACAUCAGCAAAACAUGAACAGCAUUCAGUAGAUGUUGAUUACAGAGAGCAAAACAUCUGAUACAAGAAGUUACAGGAUGGUCUCUGAAACAUUUACAACAAGCUUGAAUAGAGGAAGGCCAAGUAUACUGAAGAAAAGAAUCAGAGGCUGCUAUCAAAAUAGGUGUUGUAUAAUCACUGACAGUGAUGGGGCCUCUCAUUUUCUGAUUACAUGUACCACCGAAACAUUCCCCUAGAGGGAAGGAAAUUUGGUGAUGGUUACCAGUGUCAAAAUAAGUUUUAUUAGAUAUGUGUUCAUUCCAACUUACUGGAAAUAGUUUAACAAGAAGCAAUUGAGGUUUUUGAAAUAGUUAAUUCUAGUUUUAGAAAUAUUUAAUUCUAGUUUUAGAAUGCUGAAGAAAGUGUUCAUUUUUCUUUGGAAUUAAAAAUAGUUAUGUUUGUAAUUGAAUACUAUAUUCCCAAGAUUUCUGAGAAUUGCCUUUAAGUGCAUGAAUUCUUCAUUCAAUCAAAUUGGUCAGACUGACUAGAUGUGAAUGAGGCAGCUAUAUUUAGCCUUUUUAUCCCAUUAUGUUUUUGAUAUUUACAAUGAAAUUCAAUCAAACUCACCGUGUUACUACUAAUGCUCCACAAUUUUGCACACUCUUCCCUUUGUUGACAUUUUUGAUACAAAUGGGCACUGUUCUAAAUAAAGCUGGAGAUCACACGUUUUUCAGAAAGUGUUUCCUCGUCAAGCUGGAAACUAAGAAAACAGGAGUAAAGUUUUUAGAGCAAUGCCUGUUUAUGUGGAAAAAUUGAAAGUUCGCCUAGAAUUCAUUAUGUUGGCAGUGACCGUGUUUAACUCAGAAGUCAGGGACUUGGAAACAGGACAAUGGAUGUACAUUGGUUGUUAUUGUAAUGAACAUCUAUAGUCAUGGGUGAGCUAGUUAGAUAAAUAGGGUACAUUUCUGUGCAUGGUUUUGUACUUAUGUAUCUUAUAAAGAAAUAACAUUGAUAAUUCUCCACAAGUUAUAUAGUCAAGUACAUCAAUGUGUUAAGUAUUAAAUUAUACCAUUAUGAUGUUCACUUCUAAGAAUUCUCAAACUUUUCUUGCAUAAUAUGAGCUUGAAAAUUUACACUGAAUAUUAUGUAAACUGUCAAUAUAGAAUCUCAAACUUGGAGGUGAUUUAAAUGUUUUGUAGAAGCCUGUCUAGUUUACUUUAACGUAGACUGCCAUGCGACUUGCUUUGAUCUGUGAAACAGUAAUAUUCUAAAAGUAGAAUGGAGCACCAAGGAUUCCGUGGUUUUUGAGAUUAAUGUUGAUAUGUUUCAUAUGGCUAGGCCAUCCAUCAUCAGAACAAGUAUUAGUUUAUGUGUGUUCAAUGACUAUAAUUUGUUAGUAAAUUGUAAUGCUGCAGGUUUUCACAUAUUUUAAUGGUUUGUAGCUAAUUCUAAAACUCAUGAUAAUAUACCUCUUUUUAAGCUUAUCAGAACUAUUUACACUGAAUACAAUUUUUUGGUUUGAGAAAGAUAAAACUGACAGAAGGUACAAUUACCAUACAAUUAUAUAUUUUCUGUUGUUAAUUUUUGUUCUUUUUCAUUUUGCUCCAGUUUUAAGAGUGUUCCAGAACAUACAUCUUUUCAUCCUAUUUUCCCUUAAGGUAUAAAAUUGUUGCAACAGCUUGAUGUUUUCAAGGUAAAAAUGGAGUAUUCGAUAGAUCAUUUACAGAGGGAGGGAUUUUUUCCUUGCAUUUCUUUGACAUGUUAUAUUUUCAAGAUAUUUAAUAUAAUUAUUCUUGAAGUUAUUAUAUUUGUUAAUUACAUUCUAGAUUGCUGAACUGUAUUUUUAUUCAUGGAUUUCAACUUCUGGAGUUAGGAUCAAAUUGAAGAAAUAAAGGGAAUAGAUUUGUUGUGUGAUUAUAUAGAUUUUAUAAAAAUUGGUCUUACAAUUAUCUUACCUAACAAACAUCCAGUUUAUAGAUGGACUAAUAGGAUUAAGUUUGAAGCAAAGUUGUUUUUUUUUCUUGCUGAAGUGAAUAGACAAUUACAGUAUAAUUAUGUUCAUUGGUGUUAUUGUCAAGAUGACUUCUUACCAAGGUAUCUUUACUGUCAAGGUAUCUGUUGUCAAAGUAUUUAUUGUCUAGGUAACUGUUGUCAAGAUAUCUGCCGUUAGGGUAUCUUGUUGUCAAGGUAUCUCUACUGUCAAGGUAUCUGUUGUCAAGGUAUCUUGUUGUUAAGGUAUCUGUUGUCAAGGUAUCUGCCGUUAGGGUAUCUUGUUUUCAAGGUAUCUCUACUGUCAAGGUAUCUGUUGUCAAGGUAUCUCUACUGUCAAGGUAUCUGUUGUCAAGGUAUCUUGUUGUCUCUGUAUCUGUUGUCAAGGUAUCUCUACUGUCAAAGUAGUUAUUGUCAAGGUAUCUGUUGUCUAGGUAACUACUGUCAAGGUAUCUGUUGUCCAGGUAUCUAUUGUCAAGGUAUCUGUUGUCAAGGUAUCUAUUGUCAAUGUAUCUGUUGUCAAGGUAUCUAUUGUCAAAGUAGUUAUUGUCAAGGUAUCUGUUGUCAAGGUAUCUGAUGUCAAGUUAUCUAUUGUCAAAGUAGUUAUUGUCAAGGUAUCUGUUGUCUAGGUAACUACUGUCAAGGUAUCUGUUGUACAGGUAUCUAUUGUCAAAGUAUCUGUUGUCAAGGUAUCUAUUGUCAAGGUAUCUGUUGUCCAGGUAUCUAUUGUCAAGGUAUCUGUUGUCAAGGUAUCUAUUGUCUAGGUAUCUGUCAUGAAGGUAUCUGAUGUCAAGUUAUCUAUUGUCAAAGUAGUUAUUGUCAAGGUAUCUGUUGUCUAGGUAACUACUGUCAAGGUAUCUGUUGUACAGGUAUCUAUUGUCAAAGUAUCUGUUGUCAAGGUAUCUAUUGUCUAGGUAUCUGUCAUGAAGGUAUCUGAUGUCAAGUUAUCUAUUGUCAAAGUAUCUGUUGUCAAGGUAUCUGUUGUCAAGGUAUCUAUUGUCUAGGUAUCUGUCAUGAAGGUAUCUGAUGUCAAGUUAUCUAUUGUCAAAGUAUCUGUUGUCAAGGUAUCUGUUGUCAAGAUAAUUAUUGUCCAUAUAUCUAUUGUCAAAGUAUCUAUUUUCAAAGUGUUUAUUGUCUAGGUUACUGUUGUCAAGGUAUCUGCCAUUAGGGUAUCUUGUUGUCAAGGUAUCUCUACUGUCAAAGUAGUUAUUGCCAAGAUAUCUAUUGUCAAAGUAUCUGUUGUCAAAGUAUCUAUUGUCAAAGUAUCUGUUGUCAAGGUAUCUCUACUGUCAAAGCAGUUAUUGCCAAGAUAUCUAUUGUCAAAGUAUCUGUUGUCUACUGUCAAAGUAGUUAUUGCCAAGAUAUCUAUUGGCAAAGUAUCUGUUGUCAAGGUAGUUAUUGUCUAGGUAUCUGUUGUCAAGGUAUCUGUUGGCAAGCUAUCUGUUUUCAAGGUAUCUGUUGUCAAGGUAUCUGUUGGCAAGCUAUCUGUUGUCAAGUAUCUGUCAUGAAGGUAUCUGUUGUCAAGGUAUCUGUCAUGAAGGUAUCUGUUGUCAAGGUAUCUGUCAUGAAGGUAUCUGUUGUCAAGGUAUCUGAUGCCUGCGAUCUUAUUCCAUCCUUAGAAUAGUGUAUUAUGGAUUUCCUCACUAACAAGUGAUGGAUUCUGCGACAGAUGGAAUUAGAAGUUAUACAAUAAAUGAUGUUUCGAUGGACUCCCAGGGUAGAUGACACUAAACAGAUACAAAUGAUUUUAUAAAGUUUCUGAUCUUUAUUACUGUACUUAUGAUUGACGUAUAAACCCACAGGUUUGGAUGUACUGAUUCUGGUCUCGUGGUACUGUAAUAGUGUAUGUAUAAGAUUAACAGUAUGGAGCUAUAGUUGUAUUAAUUGUCUAUUACAGCUGAAUAGUUUACAAGUGUACAUUUAUAUUCUAAAAAGUAUAUAUUUUAUUACUUUACUUGAUACUUUAUAAAUAUGAUAAAAUGUAGAGGGUAUGUAUUACAUUUGCAUUUAAAAUGAUUAAGUAAUAUCAGAAAUUUUCUAUAGAAAAGAAAAUUUAAAUAGUUGAUAUGAAAUAAUGUAUGAUAUUAAA